GAAUAGUCUAAUUCUACUCCUAUCUCUGAUGAUCUUUUGAACUGAAGCAUCCUACCACACCUCGAGAUUAAUCCUGAACUGAUGAUGAUGGAACUGAUGUUAACGUUGUUGAUGACCCUCGAACUAUAUUUGAUCGGAUUUUACUGGCUGUACCUUACACUAAACGGUAUUCCCUAAUCAUGUAUCUGUGCAGUGUGAAGGGCUUGGUUGUAAUCUUGUGUUGUCUUUCUUCUGUAUCGUUUUCACCCAACAAAAUCUUUUCACUGUAUCUCAGUACAUGUGAGAAUAAACAAAACUGAAACUCAAAGCAGUAUAUUUGUUUUUAAGCAGCUUUUAUGAUUGAAUUUUGUUGUAUUUUAAAAUCUUCCCAUUCCUUUAUCUUGACUGUAUCUUGACUGGUUAAAAUUCUCUCUCAUUGGGACACGUAAUUCUGACACACUUGUUUGAACCACACCGUGUAUCUCAUCCCUGCAUUAUGUAAAUGAAAAAGAACAUGUGCAGUUAAUUUCAUGUUAAGUUCUAUGCUGAAUAUCUGUGUUUUAAUACAGCUACAGCAGGAUCUACUACUGCAACUACUCCUCGUGAUACAACGUUAACAUCAGUUCCAUCAUCUUCGAUGAGCACAACAGAAACAUCCACCCAGAGUUCCACUCCACUACAAACAGGUGAAACAAACACUGAUAUCACUUCCACAACAUCAGAAAGUAGUGAGUACAGAAAGAUUUGGCCGUUCACAAUGUGCAGAGUCUUUCUCAUAGUUUUCUGAUCACACUACCACAGAAUCAAUUGAAGGAAUCUUACGAGCCAUUUGAAAGAUGAAUAAUUAUGAAAAUAACAAAUUCUGGCAAAUAAUCUAGAUGUAUUACAAACACUUAAAUAAAAGCCGUAAAUUUCAUGUUACAUUUCCUGCUGCGAUUCUCUGUUUUAAUGCAGCUACAACAUUUACAACUACAUCUCCUGGUACCACUUUAACAUCAGUUCCAUCAACAACUGCAGCACCAUUCACUUCAGAGACAAUGAGCACAACAGAAACAACAACCACCCAGAGCUCCACCCAACCACAAACUAGUGAAACAACUACUGAUGUCAGUUCCACAACGUCAGAAACUACUACAACAGGAUCUACUACUGCAACUACUCCUCCUGAUACAACGUUAACAUCAGUUCCAUCGUCAUCGACGAGCACAACAGAAACAUCCACCCAGAGUUCCACCCCACCACAAACAAGUGAAACAACAACUGAUGUCACUUCCACAACAUCAGAAAGUAACAUCAAUGUAUGUGCAACCAAAGUCUCCAAUUGUGAACAAAUCUGCACCAACACAAUUGGAAGCUUCAGAUGCAGUUGUGGUCCAGGCUACAGAACCAACGUGGAGAACCCUGCGCUUUGUGAUGACAUCGACGAAUGUGCGACCAACACCUCCAAUUGUCAACAAAACUGCAUCAAUACUAUCGGAAGCUUCACAUGCAGUUGUGGUCGGGGCUUCAGCACCAACGUAACCAACCCGGCGCUUUGUGAUGACAUCAAUGAAUGUGCAACCAACCUCUUCAAAUGCCAACAAAUCUGCACCAAUACAAUCGGAAGCUUCAGGUGCAGUUGUGGUCCAGGCUUCAUCAUGAUCAACAAGUUCACACCUCAGCUUUGUGAAGGCCGUGCUGAAUGUGCAACCAACACCUUUGGAAGCUUCAUGUGCAUUUGUGGUAAAGGCUUCAGAACCAAUGUGGAGAACCCUGCGCUUUGUGAUGACAUCAAUGAAUGUGCAACCAACACCUCCACAUGCCAACAAAACUGCACCAACACAAACGGAAGCUACACGUGCAGUUGUGGUCCAGGCUUCAGAACCAACGUGCAGAACCCUGCGUUUUGUGAUGACAUCAAUGAAUGUGCAACCAACACCUCCAAAUGCCAACAAACCUGCACCAACACAAUUGGAAGCUUCAUGUGCAGUUGUGGUCGAGGCUUCAGAACUAACGUGAUCAGCCCUGCGCUUUGUGAUGGUAGGAAGCUGUGAAACGCAGACUCUAAUGGAAUGGCUGAUGGCAUUUCUGAUUGGAGAGUUCAUUUUGAUUGUUUUGAAGGCAUCGUAUACUUACCUUCAAUAAUUAAUCAUUUACCACAACAUUACCACAGUCAUUUAAUGAUCAUGCAUCAGUUCUUUUAUCUAUUGUUUAUGUAAAAUAUCUUGCUAACUGCCUUCUUGCUUUCUUAUCACCUGAUCCUAUUUCCAUUUCUUCUUUUCUCUAACUCGCCACUACUUCCCCCGGCUCUGCUUUGAAAGCUAUAAACCCCCACUCUACCCUCAUCCUGAGAAAGGAUCAUUGAACCAAAAUGCCAACUGGUCUCUAUUUUCACAGAUGCAACUUGACUGGUUGAGAUCUUCCAACAGUUUUGAUUUUAUUUGAGAGUGGAGUGAUUGUAUUGUUUUCUCUAUAUGUUGAUCAAUGUGUGAUUAACAUGUGCACACAUCUACUUUAUUGCAUUUGUUAAUCUCUAUUGCAUGAUGUUUUUUUUAAAUAUUGCAGGGGAACUUGGAUCACCUUGUUCCAAAUGUGACCAAGUAGAUUUUAUGUUGACAUUGCACUGUUAUUCCUCCCAGGCAAGUCUUCUACUCAUUCUAGUUCUUGCACUGAACCAAGGCUCCCAACCCCAGCAACCUGUAAUCAUGUGUCCUAUUUCAGCCCCACCUCUGUGCAAUCAGAAAAUCCCCAAUUCAUCUCCAACCCACCAUUUUAAAUGAUGGCCUCAUAUCAAAACCCUGAGCACUGAACACUAUGCAAUUUUUCUUCCUGUUUCCUCCUUACUGCUUGUCUUCCAAUCUGAUAGCCUCGAGUUCCCUGCCCUUCACACUAUACAGUCUGAUAGUGUCUAGAUCCUCUGUCAUACAAUCGGCUAGUCUAUGAUUCCAUUUGUUUAACAACCUGUCCGUUAGUUAACUACCCCCUACCAGAUACUCUCCACCGUGUAGAUUUCUGGAUCACCUCUCCUGGUUCCUCUCUUACAUUCCAAAUAGCCUCUUCUCCUUGACCUCUGCUCCCUGCCAUGUUGUAGGUCUAACUGGACACGUGGCUGUUGGAUAUACUGAAACCAGCCUCCCGCAUUGGAGCACCGGAGGCACAUUUUGAUAAGGAAAAUAUGUAACACCAUUGUGGUUGGAUCUACUUAUGGUGGCUAAAGUGUUAUGACUGGAAUAGUAGGUGGUGUCUGUUUAAUACAUCAAUGAGAGUGCAAAUAGUACAGCCUGGCUAAUAUUCCACCUGAUGAUUCAAUUUGACCUACGUAAGCUACAGGUUAAUUCAGCAAUUGAAUGAAGGUGCUGGCUUGAAGGGCAGAAUGACCCCCUCCUGCACCUAUUGUCUAUUGUCAAUGUGACUAUUUAAAACCAUCAUGAUAAAUCAUUGUUGGGGAGAAAUAUCAAACAUAUAUUUCAAUUUCUAGUGAAACAAAUUUGUAUUUUGAAUGAAAAAAUAUCACAGAAUUUAAUUUGCGAGGAUAAGCAAUUCAAAACAUAAAAUAGCAUGAUAAUAUAUUAAAAACGUGAUGGAAUUUGGCAAGUUUCUGUCCAAAAUGAAAUAAUGAGCAUUUUCUUCCAGACAUCAAUGAAUGUGCAACCAACACCUCCAAAUGCCAACAAACCUGCACCAACACAAUUGGAAGCUUCAUGUGCAGUUGUGGUCGAGGCUUCAGAACUAACGUGAUCAGCCCUGCGCUUUGUG